AGCACAGCGAGCCAAGUCAAGACUGUUAAGUAGUGUGUGUGCGCGCGUUGUGUACAUAACAUGUAAGACUGUCUUGCUUCCUAUCCCUCGAAAUGUCCGUGAACAAGCUGGUUCUGCCUGGUGACGUCGUGGACGUUAGUGCGACCGACGAGAAGAAAUGCAUUGUUGGACCCGGGCUACGCAAGGAAGGGGAACGCGUCGUGGCAACUCGAGCUGGAAUCCUGAAGCACCGGCGGCCGAACACCUACUGGGUCGAGGGACACCAGAAAAGGUAUAUCCCGGCAAAAGGUGACUGCGUCAUUGGAGUUGUGAUAAACAAGGGAGGAGAAACGGUACGCGUGAACAUUGGCAGCAGUGAGCCUGCUACACUGUCUGUGUUUGCCUUCGAAGGAGCUACAAAGAGGAACAGGCCUGAUGUGGAGGUUGGCGACGUCGUGAUGGCCCAGGUGCUGAUGGCCAACAGAGGAAUGGAGCCAGAGUUGGUCUGUGUGGACAGUUACGGCAAGAAGGGCGUUAUGGGCGUCCUUCGCAGCCCCACGGGCUUUCUCAUCAAAGUGCCCAUCAACCUCAUCAACAAGCUCCUGGCAAAGGACUGCUCCUUGCUUCAGACGCUCGGCAAGCGAUGUCAGUUCGAGAUCGCCCUCGGCCACAACGGUAGGAUAUGGGUGAACGGAACCACCCUCCAGACCACGCUGAGCAUCUGCAACGCCAUCCUGUCAGCAGAAAAUCUCAGUGCCGAGCAGAUUGAAGAAAGGUGCCACAGGCCGGGUACAUAAAGGAGGGCCCCCAGGGCCAAGCAUAAUCUGUCUUUGUCUCGUUUCUUUGCCAGUGGGAAAAACGCCAUCUUAUAUGCCACAGGUGCUUUUAGGAGGUUGUUUAGUCUCCUGAAAAUUCCAUGUAUUGUGUUUGGACAGUCUGUGAGGACUGCUUGGUGGCUUUAGGACAAACUGGGCAGUCGAUCACGAAUAAAGCUUUUUCAGCAUUUC